AGCCAACCCGGGCGGAGCUUUCCCUUCCUUAAGGCAGCUGACGCAGCCAGCGACAGGCAAGCCGGUAAAGAAGCAACACGUCGAGACGUUGCGGCAGCCACAGUAGCGGUGCUUGCCUGCCCUUCGCCGUCGAGCGCGAUCUGCUAUCCGCCACCCACAGUGAGCCAACCAAGCUUCCCUGCGCUUCUCUAGAAGAGACAUUGGUCGCCGCCGCGAGCAACAUGGCAAACACUAAGGAGAAUAGCGCCGCUUUCCUGCCGCCCUUCAAGCACUUCGCUACACAGGCCAUCCACGUGGGGCAAGAUCCCGAACAAUGGAACUCGCUGGCCGUGGUGCCUCCGAUCACUCUCUCGACGACCUUUAAGCAGCACGCCCCGGGAAAGCACAGCGGCUUUGAAUAUAGCCGUUGUGGAAAUCCUACACGUGAUUGUUUGGAAAAGGCUGUGGCAGCACUGGAUGGUGCCAAGUAUUGUUUAGCAUAUGCUUCUGGAUUAGCAGCUACUCUGAACAUUGCCCACCUACUGAAAGCAGGAGAUACAAUUGUUUGUACAGAUGAUGUCUAUGGAGGUACAAACAGGUAUUUCCGGAAUAUAGCAACAGAGAUGGGUCUGAAAGUUGCUUUUGUUGACUGUAGCAGACUGGAAUGCCUUGAGGCUGCAAUCACACCAGAGACCAAGCUUGUCUGGAUUGAAACACCCACAAAUCCAAUGUUGAAAGUUAUUGACAUUCAAGGGUGUGCAAACAUUGUCCAUAAACACAAAGGAGUUAUUUUAGCAGUAGACAAUACCUUUAUGUCUGCAUAUUUUCAGCGUCCUCUGGCUUUAGGAGCAGACAUCUGUAUGUACUCAGCAACUAAAUACAUGAAUGGUCACAGUGAUGUUGUAAUGGGAUUGGUUUCAGUAAAUGAUGAUGACCUCCAUAAUAGGCUCAGAUUCUUGCAAUAUUCCAUUGGAGCAGUUCCAUCUCCUUUUGACUGCUUCCUUUGUAAUCGGGGUUUAAAGACACUGCCGAUCCGCAUGAAACAGCAUUUCCACAACGCGCUAGCUGUAGCCCGAUACCUUGAAUCAGACCCAAGAGUUAAAAAGGUCAUUUUCCCUGGAUUGCCAUCACACCCACAAUAUGAGCUGGUGAAAAAGCAGUGCACAGGCUGCCCAGGAAUGCUUUCCUUUUACAUUAAAGGAAACCUUGAAAAUGCCUCCACAUUUCUCAAAAGCAUAAAGCUUUUUGUCUUGGCUGAAAGUCUAGGAGGAUAUGAAAGCCUGGCAGAGCACCCUGCCAUCAUGACUCAUGCUUCUGUUCCCAAGGCUGACAGAGAAGCCCUUGGAAUCUCUGAUACCUUAAUUCGCAUGUCUGUUGGUUUAGAAGACUUAGAAGACAUACUAGAAGAUCUGGACCAAGCUUUAAAGGCAGCAGUCCCUGAUUAUAGAAUCUAUAACUAGGACAUUGAAGACUUGAAACCACAAUUGAUUCAUGUGCAGCUUAAAUAUGAAAAAAUAAGCAAACUGAAUGCUCAACUCCUCAUGAAUUUUUGCUCAAUUAAGUUUCAUAAUGAAAUAAGUAUGUGUUUUAACCUUUCUGAGAGUAAGCCAAAGGUGCCUUUUGAUCUCCUUAACCCGCUGAUUCAGCAAGUGCCUUUGCAUGUGUCAUCCCUUCGUUGUUGUUGCUGUUGUUGUUGUUAAUAUAAAAAUGCCAUUGUUCUUUUUCAACAGUAGCUCUUGGGUGAGUGUGAUUAACACUCACCAGUCAUCUCCAAGUGAUAUUGAACUUAGUUUAUAUGCUGUGUUAACGUUGUGGCUGUAUCUGAACUGCAAAUCAUGAAGCCUCCAGUUCAGAUCUCACUUCUGCCUUGCACUCACUAGGCAGGCUUGGAUAAGCCUCUCUCUCUUUCCUUGAGCCUGAACCCCACCCCUCAUCUAAACAAGGCAGGGGAACUGCUCUGAAAAGCACUAUACAGAUAUUAUUACAUUGGACAAUUAAAGCAUUGCUAUUAUAUUAGGCCCCCUCUUUUCACUGUUAUACAUGCUGCUGAAUGUUAUAAAAAGUUAUCUGACUCAGAAAAAGAUUACUUCCGAUGUCAAAUAUGAUUUCAGAUCAUUUCCUUAGACUAGCAGUUAUUUUUCCUGUAUAAUACUGAAGAAUGAAUCAUAGUCAGUUAGAUGGCCCCUUAUGUGUUGCUUAUUAAGAUAAAUAAAUAUAUCUUGAAAUUGC